CUCCGUUCUCUAACCUGACUCUCAUCGGAGGACAUGCACACCACCGAUCCCCGGGCUUCCCGCGAGGAGAGCUAAAGGGCCGCUCUAGCGGGGCUGUGUACCGGGAGUCCUGGGCUGGACACUGAGCCGCUUCCCGCUCCGCACGGCACGGCACGGCACGGAGGCAUGGCGCGCUCCUGAUCCCGGCAGGACGCGCGGAGAGCUCGGCCGUUCUUCCCUCCGUCACAUCUCGGAUCUCCUUCGAUGCUGAGAGGCCUGACCAUGUCUGCGAGAGAGAAGGGGAUCCCGACCAAAGACAGCGUCAGCCUGCUGCCCUGUUUCUAUUUCGUAGAGCUGCCCAUCCUGGUGUCGUCUGUGGUCAGUCUGUACUUCCUGGAGUGGACGGAUGUGUUCAAGCCGGUGAAGUCCGGCUUCAACUGCCAUGACCGCAGCCUGAGCCUCCCCUACAUCGACCCCAACCGCGAGGUCAUCCCCCUGCUGAUGCUGCUCAGCCUGGCCUUCGCCGGACCCGCCAUCACGAUCAUGAUCGGCGAGGCCAUCGUGUUCUGCUGUCUGUCUCGGAAGAAGAGUGGGGGGGGGGUGGAAGCCAACAUCAACGCCGCCGGCUGCAACUUCAACUCCUUCAUACGCAGAGCCGUCCGCUUCGUUGGCGUUCAUGCUUUCGGUCUUUGUGCCACGGCCCUCAUCACGGACAUCCUGCAGCUGAUGACGGGCUACCCUGCGCCCUACUUCCUCACCGUGUGUAAACCAAACUACACCACGCUCAACGUCAGCUGUGAGCAGAACCCCUACAUCCUGGAGGACAUCUGCUCGGGGGCCGACCCCGCAGCCAUCAUCCAGGGCAGAAAAUCCUUCCCAUCACAGCACGCUACCCUGGCAUCCUUUGCCGCUGUCUAUGUUUCGAUGUACUUCAACAGCACGUUGACAGACUCAUCCAAACUGCUCAAGCCCCUGCUGGUCUUCUCCUUCAUCAUCUGUGCCAUUAUCUGUGGUCUGACCCGCAUUAUUCAGUACAAGAACCACGCCAUCGACGUCUACCUGGGCUUCCUGCUGGGAGGAGCCAUUGCUGUCUACCUGGGGUUAUACGCAGUCGGAAAUUUUCAGCCUAAUGAGGAGGCCAGUGCCAGCCCCCCUCCGAUGAUACACCGCCCCCCCUGCUCCUUGCCCCACAUCAGCCAGGAGGCCGUACUCCACCACCUUCAAAUGAAAGCCAGCAUGGCGGGGGAGCCCGGCAUGCCCACCUCCCACUCCGAGGGCCUCCUCCACCGAGGCCUUCCACUGCAGAGGCCUGAGGACUGUCUGCAGCGUUCCAGUGCAGAUGUGGAAGUGAUCUCCCCCCGCAGUCCCCACAGCAAAGACGCCAUCGCGACCUUCAGCCACACGCUUCCUCGGGUCCACACCCCCCAGGCCAUGGCAGCGUACGAGGAAGCGGCCAGACGCCACGCUGCAACCCUCCACCAUGCCUCCAUGGACUCCAGCCGCUCAAAGCAGCUUCUGUCUCAAUGGAAAAGUAAGAACAACAACCACAAAUGCUCCCUGCAGAUCCCAGACUCCUUCUCGUCCUCCGUGGACUCGUCAUCGGGCCCGUCCUCGCAGCAUCCUCACCACCACGGCAGCAUGGAGCUCCGAUCCAGCUCCGAGCCCUCGGCUGUGGGCCUGAACGGGGGCUUCGAUGCUCACGCCUACAUGUCCAAACUGGCCACGGGCGCCAGCACCACCCUGCCCAGCAACUGCAGCGGCAUCACCGGAGGGGCGCGGAUAUCCAUGCAGUCCAGACCUGGGUCUUCACAGCUCGUUCACAUACCAGAGGAAGCCCAUGAGAAUUACAACCCCACCUCCCCGAGGACGGGGGGAGGAGGAGGGGGGAGCGAGGCGAUGUCGACAAUAAAUAGCUCAGUUCAGGCGAACUGGCAGCGGGCAGCGGAGAAGACUGCAGGCUGCAGGACUAACGAUAGCAACAGCCAGCCGCGACUCAUGCAAGUCAUUGCUCUUUCCAAGCAGCAGGGCCUGCUACAGACCCACUCCAAGAGCCUAGACGAGGGCAGCAUGGGCUGCAGCGCCACCGGGGGCUGCCAGGGCUCUGGUCGCUACAGGGCACUAACGGACCAAGACGCCGCCAGCACCACGGGGCCGAGCCCGUUGGGCAGCACCACAGGGAGCAUUUCAGGGAGCACCGGAGCAAUUGUCAGAGUAGAGGCCCACCCUGAAAACAACAGGCCGGUGAUCCAAGCGCCGUCCACAGAUGGGAGCGGAUCAUGGAGGUGGCGUUCCCUGGACCAUGGCACUGGGGCUGGUGGAGGCACAGGGACCAGUGGAGCGGGAGGAGGAGUUGGGACUUUGAAGCAGUCCUUCGAGCUCAACGAUCUAAACCGAGACUCGGAAAGCCCAGACUCGAUACGUGAAGGGUCCAUUGACAGGAAGCGAGGCAAUCACAUCGUUACCACCACCGCCACCGUUAGCACCCCGCCCAUAGUGACUGUUCACACCCAGAACAACGGCCAGUCGGAGCACAGGCACCACCCCCAGGGGCUUUCCACCAUACGGGUCACGCCAGGGGAUGGUGGUGGUUCUGGAUCUGGAGGAGGUGGUGGCGGCGGAGGAGGCGGAGAGGGCGCUUCAGAAACCCCCUCUGUCGCUUCCAGUCGGGAGUCCACGCUGCGGAGAAAAGGCAAAAGCAUCAUCCUGAUUCCAGAGCGCGCCAACAGCCCAGACAACGCCCGCAACGUUUUCUACAAAGGAACGUCCAUAACGCCUGUUUUCAAGGAAUAGCGUACGGAAUGACUGGAAACUUUGGAGAAGAUGGAGCUAAUAAUUCAAGACAGCUGGACUAAGACCGUAGUACCUGCCACUGUAUAUAUCAUAAUAACUCCAAAAGAAAAUGGUUUUAUUCAGCAUGAGAGUUUUGUACGUGUUACCACUAAAUCACAACCUUUUACGUGUUGUAGAAAUAAUCGCUGUGUACUUUUGUGGUCACUCCUUAGGAAACCUAUUGUAAUGUCCAUGAUGUGCCAGUGCUUUGGGGACAGGAGAACCUUUUAUAAACCGUUCCGUAUGUUUUGGAUAUGAAGCAUCCGAAAAAAGAAAGUAGCACAGUAACUGUAGCCAACUACAGCAAAAUAGGUGUAUCAUAGCUGCAAGACUCCCAUGCACAUGUUUGAAAAGGGUGCUACACCUGAGAAUACUAUUUACUAUACAACAUACUAUCAUUUGAAUAGAUAAAGAAUGAAUUAUUUUAGAGUGAGCAACAAUGACAUUCAUAUGUCACAGAGAUAUGUUUUGUAUUUUGUCUCUUUCUGUACAGAUCCCACAUACUCAACAGAAUACUGUUUGGAACCAUAAGUGUGCUUAGCAUUCCUUCUGUAGCGAUGAAGUCAAAUAUGCUGUGACUUGCACUGAAAUAUGUGUUUACUGUACCUUGUAAAGUGUGAACCCUGACCUUAUCUUUAUAGCCUACAUUUGGAUGUCCAUCUAUAGCACAAAAAGCAGCAAAAUAGUCAAAUAUUGUGCUUAUUUAGACCACAAGAUACAAAGUCCAUUUCCAAAACUCAAUGCAAUCGUUGACCUGAAUCCACCCAACUGAAUUUCGAGGUUCACUCUGCUUAAAAGUGCUUUCUUUGUAGCUAUCCAGUGAACAUUUUGAGAAAUACACAAGCCACAACCAAAUGUCACAAAGUGGGGGUAGAGUUAGGGGGUGGUUUAGGGUUGGGGGGUUUGGGUUAGGGUUGGGGUUGACAGUCUGAGCACUUCUAGGGCUUGUAUGGGCAUGGGACUCUCCCAGUUGAGUCCCAACUAAGAAAAACCACCACAUCAAACCAAAAGAUGGCGAGCAAACGUAUUUCCUAAACCACAUGUUCCCAGAAAAACUUUAAAUCCUUUUGGAUACUUGUUCUUUGGAAGCUCUGUAAAGCACUGUGCUCCAACUUGAUUUGUCGUACAGGUACUACAUGUAGCAUUUUUCAACAGCAAUAUACAAUUUUGCGGUUGAAUUGUAAUACCUCGGUGUGAUUCUCAUCAUCAAAUGAAAACAUUUUUUGGGAUCUUUGGCUUUGCGGCCCUGGAUAAGCAUGUAACAGGUGAUUUCUGCCGUGCACGCUGGAAAGAUUAAUAUCCCAUUGUGCCAUAAAGCAACCAGCAGAUUUUCUAACAACCAACCCAGAGUACCAAACGUAGAGGCUGCCAGCUCUCUCUUUAUGCCGACAGUACUCUCACAUGAGUAUGUUUUCAUUUUUUACAUUAAUACUAAGAACAAACAGGAUAGUGACUGUUGUUUACAGUGCUUUACAUUAGAGUGCAUAUCAUUAAUUAGUAUCUCAUUGGUUAAAUGAGCACCGCUGGAUAUAAAUA